AUUCAGAGUACUUCUCUAGGAAUCAGAACCAUAAUCAACUGCACAAGACAUGCAGAAAAGCGAGGAACGUGCUCAACACGUGUAACUAGCGUUUGAUCAAAACCCCAUACUCCAUAUGCACCAUGUCUUAUCCAAUUGAAAAGGCAACCCCUACGACAGAUUCUCCGCCAGAGACGUCGGAUGUGGAAAGAUGCCACUCCAAAGGGAGCUUAGAACGACCUUCACAGCCUACCCCCGACCGACAAAAAUGGUAUCAAUGGUUUGCGCCGACAGAUACUCCAGCCGAGCGUCGUCUGAUACUCAAGCUAGACGGCCUGAUCAUCGUCUUCCUCUUUUUAGCCCAUUGGGCGAAGGUGCUGGAUUCGUCGGCGACGAGUACGGCCUAUGUGAGCGGGAUGAAAGAGGAUCUGAAGCUAUAUGGGAAUCAACUGAAUUAUCUCAACACAGUGUAUAUGGUUGGGUUCAUCACGAUGCAGAUCCCUCUGACAUUGGCGAUGACCCGCUGCCCCGUGAACUAUUUCCUCCCGGCUGCAGAUUUGUUCUGGGGUGUGUUUACACUGGCUCAGUACAAGGCCAGCAGCGUCACCCAGCUUUAUGCCCUUCGGUUCUUUGUUGGCGCUCUGGGUGGGUUCUUUUUCCCGGCUGUCCAAUGGUAUCUGGGCAGUUGGUAUAAAAGGUCCGAACUGGCACGUCGUGGAGCAAUCUUUUUCAUCGCGAGCCAGGUAGGCAGCAUGAGCUCGGGGUAUAUUCAAGCCGGCGCCUAUGCCCGAUUGGAUGGUCGGUAUGGGAUCAAAGGGUGGAGAUGGCUAUACAUCAUCUGCUUUGCCUGUACUAUCCCCAUCGCCUUUCUCGGUCUAUGUCUACUUCCCAGUACCCCAGACCGAUGCAACUCCCGCUAUCUCACCCAGGACGAGAUUCGCUUAGCACAAGAACGCAUGGCUGCCGAACACCGCGAACCUCGUCAGCCAUUUACGAUCCCCAGAAUCGUCACCAUCUUGAAGGGAUGGAGGAUUUGGGUACUCGUCGGCUUCGCCUUCUUCUUCUCUCAGGCGGAUGGGGUCUCCUCGAAUAGCGGCCUAUCUCUCUGGCUGAAAGAAGAACAGUAUUCCGUCGAAUCUAUCAACACCAUUACCACUGUGUCGCCCGCCGUCACUAUUGUCGCCUCGAUCGUGUGCGGCGUGAUCUCUGAUAUCUACGACGCCAAGGUCUCGUUGAUCGCCAUCACUGCGCUGCUGAAUAUCUUCGCCUGUCUCGUACUUGCGAUAUGGAAUGUUCCGGUAGGGCUGAAAUUCUUCGCAUUCUUCCUGUCCGGCACGGCGGACGGGAUUGCAGCCAUCAUCUAUGCCUGGGCGAACGAGAUUUGCGCACGCAGUGCAGAGGAGCGGGCCUUGGUUAUCAGUGCGAUGAAUACGAUCGGGAAUACGUUUGGCGCUUGGAUCCCGCUUUUUGUGUGGAAGACGGUGGAUGCACCCCGAUACUUGAUUGGAUAUAAUUGGAAUCUGGCGCUGGAUGUCUGCAUGUUGAUCAUGCUGUUUGUGCUACGGUAUUUCUGGGUGAGGGAGCAAAGAAGGGAUAGGGCAUGAAGCUGAUAUGAACAUGCUCUGCCACUAUAUGAUGAUAUAUGAACGACUUGGUGUGCAAAA